UUGAAAAUGAAACAUAAUUUAAUUAUUCAACUUGUUGGAUUAAUCUUUCUCUUGAUAUUAUUCUAUUUGACAUUUCCAAAACAGAUUACCAAUAUGAAUGGAUUUGGAAGAAGUUUUUAUGAUAUAGAGAAGUGUACCUGUGCUCUACCGCAGUCAAAGAUUGAUGCUGUCGGAGGUUGGAUAUAUAACGAAGCAACAAUAAGAAAUCAUCAUGUUAGUUUUGAUAAUGGCGCUGGGAAAGAAAUAUUGAGAAUCGUUCUAAAAAACACACCAAAAACAGAAGGUGUAAAACCAAAAAUCGGAGAUAUCGGUGCAGGGGUUGGACAGUUUGGGGAAUGGUUGAAAAAAACGGGAUCAAGUUCAGUUGAUUGGUAUGGGUUCGAUGGUGGCAGCAAUGUAAACUCAUUUUGUGGGAAGAAUGUGUCUCUCGUUAAUCAAGAAGUAUACACAGUUCCAAAAGUGUGUUUUCUUGAUGCCUCUCUACCUGUCAAAUUAGAAGAUUUUUAUUUGCUCGGGGCUCCCUUUGACUGGGUGAUGAGUGUUGAAGUAGGAGAACAUAUUCCUGCUGAAUAUACUAAAACAUAUAUAGAUAACUUGAUAAGGCUUAGCAAGUAUGGAAUAAUAUUAUCCUGGGCUGUGGUAGGACAAGGAGGACAUGGACAUGUAAAUAAUAUGGACAAUCAAGAUGUUAUCAAGAUGAUGACGGAUAGGAGUAUGGUGUAUCUACCUCAAGAAACUGCUACAGUUAGAAGCAGAGUUCAGAAUUUGAGUUGGUUAAAGACGAGGAUUUCGAGGUGGUUCGGACGAGAAAAUGAGGAGAAUGUGGCUCGGACGAGAACUUGUUGUGGCUGGCCUUCCUCUCCUCCAUGAACAACCACAGAAAUUUUGUUAAAUAAUAAUGAUAAUACUUUGCACAAAAAGGGAAUUGGAACCAAUCAGCCCUUAUGUUCAUAAAAAAUAUGUAAUAAAAGUUAAUAAUUUCGA